AUGUUGCAUUAUACCAACGAGACUCCAGAAUCUUACGAAGCACCCAACCCCGCGGUAGACCUUUAUAAUAUGUGCAAGCCGAUAGCCCCAACUGGCUGGAGUUCCACCCCAGAAGCAGAAGAUAUCUCCACCCCACUGCCCUGCGACGAUUCCAGCAGCUCAGACGCAAGCUACUUCACUGCUUUCUUCUUUGACUAUCAGCAUGAAAUGCAGCUGCAACAACUGCAGCUACUCGAGCAGCUAAUGAAUCCUGCUGUAGCUGGCAUGGAAAACACGCCAAACGCAAUCCCAGCCACCACAGAGGCUGUAGACCAGUCCUCGAUUGUCUUCGACCCUGCAAAGGGGGGUGACUUCCAGCGCUGGCUACAAACGCAAGACGCUGUCUCUGAGGCAUCAACCACCUUCCACGAUGCUCUGGAUGGUAACAUACCGAUCAAUACCACACAGCAACCUGGCGUUCCAGUAUUGCAGCAAACCAAAGCCCAGGGCAGCGUCCUCGGCCCCCCACGUCUUUCCCCGCCAGUCCAAAAUAAGGCACCGCAGCGUUAUGUCUGCACAGAAUGUGGCAAAGGCUUUGCGCGUGCCUCGUCCCUGCGCACGCACAGAAAUAUCCAUACUGGCGACCGUCCGUUCACCUGUCCCUUCAAGAACUGCGGCAAAUCCUUUAACGCUAGGUCUAACAUGCUCCGCCACCAUAAACUGCAUUUUCGUACGGACUGUGGGAUGUACAUGCUCCCCAAUGGUGAAACAACUAGGGUCAAACCCUCAAGCAGAAAACUGUUCGCUUUGAGCAGACAGCAGCACCAAAAGUAUACGACCCUCCCAACGAUAUGA